AAAAUAAGAAGAAUAUUUGUCAUAUGUCAAAAGUGUCAUAAGUCAUAACAAAAUAACGAAAACAAAUGAAGAAAUAACCACUGGAUUUUUAUUUUUUUAGAUUACCAGUCGUCAUGAGUGCUCCAAAAGAAUCAAGGGAUGCUAUGGAAGUCGAAAUCGAGACAGCUAGCAUGGCCGAAGCUACGAAAUCAUCGAUGGAUACCACCUCAAAUUCCGGCAGAAAUGUUAUGGCCUCCGGUGCCGCGGGCUCCAUAACUUGCUCCCUACAUCCCCUAGUUAUCAUGAACGUUUCCGAACACUGGACCAGAGAAAGGGCACAAGAAGGGUCCGUACAACAAGUAAUUGGGGCCCUGAUCGGCAAACAAAAAGGCAGGAACAUUGAAGUGAUGAAUUCGUUUGAGCUGGUAUUUACUGUGAUAGGAGGAGAUGUGAUCAUUGAUAAGGACUAUUAUAAUAUGAAGGAAGAGCAAUUUAAGCAAGUGUUUAGUGAUAUGGAUUUCAUUGGGUGGUAUACUACUGGUGAUGCUCCAAACUCUGUAGAUAUCAAAGUACAUAAGCAAAUUUGUGAAAUAAAUGAAUCACCAAUCAUGUUAAAGCUGAAUUCCUAUGAUAAGAAUAUAGAACAUCUUCCUGUAAAUCUGUAUGAAUCUGUGAUAGACCUAGUAGGUGGUGAAGCAACCAUGCUUUUUGUGCCUCUAACCUACACUUUGGCCACAGAGGAAGCAGAACGUAUAGGAGUGGACCAUGUGGCUAGAAUGUCCUCUACUGACUCUGGUGAGAGCUCUCUGGUAGCAGAGCACCUCACUGCUCAGCACAGCGCCAUCAAGAUGCUGCACAGCAGAGUGAAGCUUGUCUUGGAGUAUAUGAAAGCUGUGCAGACAGGCCAGUUGCCCAGGAAUCAUGAGAUUUUGAGGGAGGCCUAUUCACUGUGUCACAGGUUGCCUGUCAUUGAUGGGGCCAGGUUCAGGCAGGAUUUCUAUAAUCAAUGCAAUGAUGUAGGGUUGAUGACCUACCUCGGCACCCUCACUAAGGGCUGCAAUGACCUCAAUCAAUUCGUCAACAAAUUCAACAUCCUGUAUGAUAGACAAGGGUUGGGUAGGAGAAUGAGAGGGAUUUUCUUCUAGAGACAAAAAAUCGCUAAACGCUGUUGUAUUUAUUUAUUAAAAUUUGUAAUAAACAAUCCUUAUGAUACAUUAUAUUGUCUUAGAGAUAAUUUGGCAAAAAUCUGUAUAAAAGUUCAGUGGUUUAGGAAGACGAGGCUUUUGGGCAUUUUGGGCAAUCAGUUCAGGCACUGUUUUGCAAAUAAUCUGAAUUCACCACUGUAUUAAGAGGAAAUAAAUUUGAGUUUUGAAUUUCUGAAUGUUUAUCAGAAUUUUGAGCUGUAUCUAAAAUUCCUCAUAGCAACUCAACAUGUCAAAAUUGUGCCAAAAAAAUCAGAAUUUUUGAAUGCAAGUCAACAGGGUCGGAAUGGUCGUGAAUUAAUUCAAAUGUUCUUAUUUUAAGUCAUGAAUUAAUUAAAACUUUAUCCCAUGGGAACAAAUCGCAUUAUUAUCUGCAAUCAAAGUUUUGGCUUGUAUCUCAAAAUUCUGAUCUUUUUGUCAGAAUUUUGAAACGGAUUUUUUCUCGCACUCAGCAUCCCUCCACCCUUUCCCUAAAUGGGAAAAUAUUGUCCCCUACAUCGUCCUAUCGGCCCCUAUCAAUUCCUCGAACAAUGUCCCGCUCAGGGCUUUGCCCCUGAGCACUCGGUGCGAGUAGCGGAGCGCUGCCUGAGCCAAAUCCUUGACCGUCCACCGUCUGUCGAUCAGUAUCCU